UGUUCUAUCCCACCAGCUUUUAUACACCUGAAGACCCUUCGCUGGCACAUUUAUAGACAGCACGGCGGAGAGAAGCCCUACAAGUGUGCCAACUGCACGGAGGUUUUCGCAUCCUACGCGGAGAAGCGAAUCCACAUGCUGGAGCGGCAUAGGGAGAAUCUAACUGCCAUCGAGCGGAGCGAGUGCAUGUUGUGCCGCCAGCCCUUUACCAGCGAACAGGAUCUGAUCCAGCACAUGUCCGUGGAGCAUCUGCAACGUCCCGGUGCUCCGGUGAUCGCCAACAACAAGCGGGUGUUGCAACAGAAGCGGGAACGACAGUACUCCGGACUCUUUCAGUGUGGCAGCUGCACGCAGCGAUUCAACAUGAAGUCGGCGCUGGAGCGGCACGCAGCCGUACACUCGGAAAAAGAUCGACCCCAUGCCUGUCCACAUUGCUCCAAGAGGUUCAAACGCGCCCAGGACAUGAAGUGGCACAUCAAGACCCAUGAAAAGGAGAAACCCAAUGUGUGCGAUGUCUGUGGAAAGGCCUUUGCACUCAAGUAUGUGCUCACCCAGCACCGGUUGAGUCAUGAGGUCUUGGAAAAAAACUUCAAGUGCAACGUUUGCGGUCGAGCCUAUCUGUUUGAGAAGUCAUUGCGGCUGCAUCAGCGUGUUCAUACUGGCAAAACCUACUAUAAAUGCGAUCUCUGUCAAGAGAGAUUCGUCACGCACAUUAAGCUCAAAACUCACAUGCAAAAGACACACGCCGCCUCUCAGCCGCACUCUGCGGACCACCCUCUGGAUGAUCUGAUCAACAUUGUGAUUUCCUAACCAAGUGGAACAGCAAAGAUUUCUGUUAUAGCCAAGCACAAGCACGGAAACCGUAUUGGGAGCGUAAGCGUAGCUCACUGAUCUCAAGCCUACAUAGACCAUACCCUCCAUCCAAUUACUAGACCAUAUGCGCACUGCGAUCUGUAAUGUGCUUAGAGCUUUACUUAGAAUACUCCGUAGGCGAAUUUUACUCGAUAUCCCAUAUAUCUCUGCCAAUUUCUUAUUGAGCCCCAUAUCUCUUUCUAUCUCUGAUUCAUAUAAAUCUCACAGAACGCCUCUAACAAUCUAACACUCCAAGCAAACAUAUAUCCACUUGACCAUUUAGCGAUAAGCAAUAAGCAAUGAGAACAAAAAAGGUGUUAUACGAGCAAUUUAAGCUUCACGGCAAACUUGUAAUGCUCAAGAAAUGCAUUUAUUUCCAGAUGAAACCGAGAAGUAUUUACAAUAAUUACCGAAAACGUAUAAGAAUAUUUAAAAUAUCGAUAUACUAUGGAUUUUAAUAAAUGUAGUAGCAGAUAUAUUUACCAAA